AUGUCUGAGGAGUAUGACAUCCAAAAGGAAGUCGUGGAGGACGAGCUUGCCCAGUUCAAGCGGGACUAUGAUAAGGUGGCAGCCAAUCCAGCCUUCUAUUAUGCCAGCUCCGCAGGUGACGCAUUUCAAGUUAUGAGGAAGGUACUUGUCAAGGCGGGCCGAGACCUCUCUCUCCUCGAAAAGGAGAUACUUGGUGCGCGUGACCCUGCUGUCAGAGAGCAGCGGGAAAUGGAGUACAGUAACCUAAAGAAGCUUUAUGAAAGCUAUAGAACCAAACUUAACGAUCUUGAGGUGCAAUCCCGAGAGGCUGCGAUGAACUCUGGGGCCAUCCAGGACGAGCCACUAACAGCUGAGCAGCGACUCGGCGCCGCAGUAGUCAUACAGGAGGAUACGAAUGUUCGUGUAAAGGAUACAAUCAACAUAAUGCAGGAGGUCGUAGUGAUGAAUGAUGCCAUACUUGAAUCGCUGGACCGUGAUAUGGAGCGUCUCAACCGCGUCUCUGAGGAGCUCGACGGGAUUCAGGCAGACGCUGCGCUUGCUCGGCGGCAGCUUCGGAACGUCAUGCGGGCCCUGGCCUCAAAUAAGUGCAUGCUCUGUGUCAUGAUGGUCAUCUGCAUCAUUGUGCUAAUAGUUAGCAUCGUAGACCUAGCACAGGCCACCAAGAAGUGA